AUGACAGCAACCCAAAUCCCAAUCGUGGAUUCCCACAUCCACCUCUUCCCAGAAACGCACCUAAAAACCCUCUCCUGGCACAGCGCCAACAACCCACUAGGCGCGCAACACAGCGUAGACGAAUACCGGCACGCAACAGCAAAAGCCAACGCCACCCCUCUCGUCCGCGGCUUCAUCUUCCUAGAAACAGACCGUCUCUCCUCAAUCACCGACUCAACCCCACCCAACCACGGCUGGAACCACGCCUUAGACGAAGUCUCCCUCCUAACACGCAUUGCUCUCGGCACACCCGUCCCGGGCGAAGGCCACGUCCCAGAUGACAAGAACCUCUGUCUGGGCAUUGUGCCGUGGGCGCCUGUUCCCGGUGGUCCGGAUGUGCUGAGCGCGUAUAUGCAGCAGGUUCGCGGUCGGACGGGGGAGCGUGUUUGGGGGAAGGUUAGGGGGGUUAGGUAUUUGGUGCAGGAUAAGGCUGAGGGGACGAUGCUUGGGGGUGGGUUUGUUGGUGGGUUGAGGUGGUUGGGGAGGGAGGGGUUGGUUUUUGAUCUUGGGGUUGAUGCUAGGUCUGGUGGGUUGGGGCAGUUGAGGGAGGCGGUUGAGAUGAUGGGGUUGGUUUAUGCGGGGUUGGAGGGGGAUGAGGCAGUUACCAUUGUCAUUAAUCAUUUGUGCAAGCCGAAUCUUCGUCUGUCGGAUGAUAUUCGCUCUCAUCCGGAGUUCCUUGAAUGGAAGGAUCUUGUGACUAAGAUGGCGAAGGUGAAUUCUAAGACUUAUAUGAAGCUUUCUGGGGCAUUCUCGGAGCUUCUACCACUAGAGGCAGAGUCAGAGCCGGAUUUUGGGGCAAUUGUUGAGCGUGUACAGCCAUGGACUGAUAUUAUUUUUGACGCUUUCGGGGUGGAUCGUGUUAUGUUUGGAUCGGACUGGCCGGUCUGCAAUGUUGGCGGUGGUGGGAAUGAUGUCUCUUGGGGUAGAUGGAGACGUGUGGUGGAGGGGGUUUUGGAACGGAGAGGACUGUCCGAGGAAGAAAAGAUAGGUGUAUGGGGAUCCGUUGCUUUGCGUGCUUAUGGUAUAGAGAUCUAG